AUGGCACCCAAAAUCCACACUAGCUCCAUGCUCCAAGCGGCCCGGAUUACCUCCAACAAGCUUAGGAUGGAAUUGAAGCAAAAUCCCAAACUGCAGAAUGAUGUCAAGAUUGCUUCGAUUGGUCUCUUGGUGGGAAUUGUUCUAGGAGGAUUGUUGGCCACGACAAGUGACGGUGGGACGUCGGCUUUGGCAAUGUCUAGUAGAGGUGGUGUGCCAUGGAAAUCUCUCAAGGCUCCAGGCUGGAAUCCAAUCCACAUUUUCUAUGGCAAGAUGGACAAUUUCAUCAAUGAGAUUCCGGACAAGUGGCACUUGAAGAACUCUGCCAAACACUCGAAAAGCAAGAGCACGGAAUGGUUUGGUCAGCAUGGACAAGACGUAGCUGUGGCAAAAUUCUUUGAUUUCAAGUCCAAUGGGUACUUCGUGGACUUGGCAGCCAAUGAUGCUGUCUGGGCAUCCAACACAUUUGCUCUGGAACAGAAUUUUGACUGGAAAGGAAUCUGUAUCGAAGCCAACCCAGUGUACUGGUACCGAUUGUCGUUUCGCACGGGCUGCCAUGUGGUAGGAUCCAUUGUGGGAGGCCAAGACUUUGAAGAAAUCACAGUGUCACUUCCAAAUGACCCCAAGAAAAGUGGGCCCUUUGGAGGCAUUGUGGGCAAGGGGUUUGACAAUAAGAAUGCCAAGCAACCCGAGCCAAGGUUUACUGCCUCGCUUGUUUCCAUCCUCCAGAAAUUCAAUGCUCCCAAAGUGAUUGAUUACCUGUCACUGGAUGUGGAGGGAGCGGAAGAAUUCAUAAUGAAAGAGUUUCCCUUUCACCAGCCCUACACAUUUCGUGUCAUUUCCAUUGAACGGCCCAAAUCGGUGCUCAAAAAGAAACUUCAGGAUGCUGGAUACAAACAUGUCAUGGACUUUAAACGUGGGGACACAUUGUGGGCUCAUUCAUCAGUCUAUGAAGAAGGCAAGCAACGAGUUGAAACCAAGCGCCAUGAAAUCCAAAAACACAAGCUGGAUGCUUGGCCUCAACUGAGGAGGAGGUAG